AAAAUAGGUCAACGGUAAGAUUUGUUUGUAUUCAGGUGUAUUUUGGGUUUGAAGGGGACGAUGUAAUUCCCUUGAGGGCACGUAGAUAAUAACCAGCUGCCAUUGUUCUUUGAUCAGUUUGUAAAUACUGGUGUUAAAUAGUACAAGAGGCUUCAGGAGUAGUGGAGGUAGCCAUUUUAUCUUGUGUACAGUUAAUAGACAGAGCUCUGGAUUAUAUAUUUAAUACUGUUUGUGUAGUUAUUGUGGUUACCAAUCAGAUCUAUUUCUUGGCAACCAUUUCACUUCCCAGAUACAUAUGACUCAUCAACAGACUGUAACUCAGGAUGCAAUAUAAAGGAGAAAUCACUUAAAAAUCAGAGGAUGUCCUGCCGUUUAACUCGAGAAUUGUCUAUAUAUACGUUAAUUGAAUAGGUUUUACUUUUAUUACGUUGAAGAUGAUGGAAUAGUUGCUUUAAUUAUUACUCUGGUCAAAAUGUAACUGUUAUUGUGUCGGUUUGAAGGGGACCACCAUGAAAAUUGGAUUUAAUUAACGUGUUGGAAUUUUUUUAUGCAAGGAAAGUGAUGUGUGUGUAUUUAAUUAAUAUUGUGAUUUAACUUCCGGCUUCAAUUCAGUUUUCUGUGAUAUGAAAUAUAGUAAUGGAUUAUAACUCUAUUUAUGUAUAUUGCAUGUUUUUUUUUAAAAAAUUGAUCAUGUUUUUAAAUAAUUGAUCCUGAAAUUUUAUAUUUUAUCAUAUUAAAUAUUCUGGUAAUGGCUUCAGAUGGACAGGUUGUGAAGAAACAUUCCGACUUGGAUAUUAUCCGACAACGUGCCGAACAGGCAGCCGAAUAUUAUCACAGUCAGGUUCAGCCGAAAUCUUCCUCCACGAACAAUUCUCCAGAUAUGUACAAUUCUAAUGGCAAUCGUAUUUAUGAUAAGACUAGUUACGGAUCGACAGAAGAUGCAUUGCAUUCUGGUCUAGCUCCUGUUUCUUCUAAUAGUUUUUAUCGUGCUAAAAUGAAAGCAGGUGUCAUAGACAUGCGUAGUUCUAUGAAUGAAAGGAUCGGGACCGGUCGGAGUCGCAUGAGGAUGUUUCCAUCCCAACAUGCCAAUCGACCACGAGUGCCAAAUCAGGCCAUGGAAACGAGAAGUGCAAUGAAAGCACCACCUUCAGUCACGGAACAAGUGAAAAUGGCACGGACUAAUCGAACGAUCAGAAAUUUGUAUCGUAGCAACAGUAUUGAGAUGGAUAGCAUGGAUCACAUUGAUCAAGACUUGCCAUCGCCUACGAAUAUAUCAGCACGGAGAGAAUACGGUAGUACAUCGUCAUUAGAUCUGCUAGGUAACUCAAGCGGAGAUUUCUUCUCUAUGUUGAAGAAUUAUGAAAAUGAGAAUCCUGAUCAACGAAGUCCUGCUCCUCCGAAAUUACAAGAACUGCUUCAAGGAAACAUAACUCGAAGUGGUCGGAGCAUGACUUUAACAAAUGGCUCGGCACCUUAUGAUAAGGAAAAUGAAUUUAAUAAUGAUAGUCCAAAAUCUAAGACAAAGUCAAAGCAUAAAGACAGAAAACUACGUGCUAAAUCUAUAACGGGUGAAGCUAGUGCAGGAAUUUUGAAGAAAUUACGCGGAAAUAAACAAGACUCAGAUGUGAACUCAAAACCGGAGGAAAAAAGUCCUGAAGACAAUCGUUCCGAGGAAAGGAAUCGUAAGAAGUGUUUUGUGCAUUUUGAUUGUCAAAGUAUCGGUGUGAAUUUGGCAGAGGUGAUUAAAACGCGGAAUUAUUCUGGGAUUGUUAAAAAUAUUUCUACUGGAGCGUCGGCUGCUUCUGUGAAUAGGAACAGUAUAGUUGGGGAUAAAGAGGAUCCUGAUUUAAUCGCUGGCACGGAUGAUGGUGAUAAAAAAAGUAACUGUAUGGUGCUUAGUUGUCCCUUUUUCCGUAACGAAAUCGGUGGCGAGGAAGAACGUGUGAUAAGUUUUACUCGCUGUCCGGCUCAUAAACGUUCAUACGGCAAUUAUUCAAAUCAACAAAGUAGUGCAGCAGAUUUAAAUCGUCAUCCUACGUGUUGUGGUGUAUCUAUAUUAGACUCUUCACCUUCACCGGCAGGACAAAUAUUACCUCCCCUUGUGACACACAGAGGUCAUGUGAUUGAAUAUGUUGAUCAUGGAUGUAGUUAUUAUAGGCAUUAUUUCUAUGGAUAUGAUCAUCAGAAUUUUUUUGGUUGUGAUGAUAAUUUGGGUCCAGUAGCUGUUACUAUAAGACGAGAGAAAUUAGACGCAGAUGAAAGAGGAAAUAAUCUAGGGAAAGCUGAUUAUGGGCUGUAUCAUUAUAGAAUUAUAUGUCGGACCAGUGAGCUGUCAACGUUACGUGGUGCUGUAUUGGAGGAUGCUGUACCCUCAUCAAGUAGACUGAGUAGUUCUCGUGGUGUUCCGAUGAAAGAAGUAUUAGAAUAUGUUUUACCGGAAGUUCAAUUGUCUUGUUUACGACAAGCUACACCAGGUGCCAAAACAUCUGAACAACUACUGAAACUUGACGAACAAGGUUUAAGUACAACCUAUAAAAUAGGUGUAAUGUACUGUAAGAAAGGACAGUGUACAGAAGAAGAAAUGUAUAAUAAUGAAAAUGGAAGUCCAGCAUUUGAUGAAUUUAUGAAUUUAAUCGGUCAAAAAAUUCGAUUAAAAGGAUUUGAUAAAUAUCGAGGCGGAUUAGAUUGUAAAACUGAUUCAACCGGUACUAACUCCUACUAUACAACAUUUAAUAACAGUGAAAUAAUGUUUCAUGUAUCAACCAUGUUACCAUUUACAUCAAAUAAUAUUCAACAGUUAUUUAGAAAGCGACAUAUUGGUAAUGAUAUUAUUACUAUCAUAUUUCAAGAAGCCGGUUCUCUGCCAUUUACACCUAAAACAGUUCGUUCACAGUUUCAACAUGUAUUUAUUAUAGUACGUGUUACAAACCCUAACACAGAAAAUGUUCUUUAUAGUCUUGCAGUAACAAGAUCCAGAGAUGUUCCACCAUUUGGUCCUCCUAUACCAGAAAAACCAUUUAAUAAAUCUCCAGAAUUUGUUGAUUUUCUACUAGCUAAACUUAUCAAUGCUGAAAAUGCUGCUCACAGAUCUGAAAAGUUCCGAUCCAUGGCUACUAGGACACGUCAAGAAUAUCUCAAAGAUUUGGCAUUAAACUAUGUCAGCUCAACACCCCUAGAUAAUAGCUCAAAACUCAGUAAAUUUGCACUAGGUAGUGGAAGGAAGAAAGAAAGAACGAAACAGAAAGUUGUACCUGAUAUAUUUGCUAAAAGCGCCGUUAUUUGGAACAUUCAGGUAGAGGAUGUAGGCAGUGCUUGUCAAGUUGAAAGUUAUUUAGCUAUAGCCUCUAAUACUAUAGUUAUUAUAGAAGAAAGUACUAAAGAUGUCAUAUUUACUGUGGCCUGUAGUAGUGUUAUAGGAUGGACUCCACAGAUUAAAAGUAUCAAGUUAUAUUUUAACCAAGGAGAAUAUAUAGUAUUUAAAGUUAGCUCAGGUGAUAUGGAAGAGAUGCAUGAAAUAAUCAGUCGUUUGACUGGAGUAACUCAGGGAUGUGAGACUGCAGAAAUGACAUUGAAGCGCAAUGGAUUGGGUCAGCUGGGUUUUCAUAUCCAAUCAGAAGGCAUUGUUACUGAUGUUGAACAGUAUGGCUUUGCCUGGGAAACUGGCUUACGAAAAGGAAGUCGAUUGGUUGAAAUUUGUAAAGUAUCCACAGCAACGUUGUCACAUGAUCAAACAGUUGAUAUCCUGCGGAGUUCAUCAAUUGUAAAAGUUGUAGUUGUACAACCCUUAGAAGAUGGAGCACCAAGGGGUUUUAUGACCUUAAACAACCAAGCACAAUACUCAUCUUUAGUGGCCUUAAAUACUUCCGUUCUGUUGAACGAAAACAAUCAAAACCCCAACGAAGGAACCGUAAAUCAACGUAACUCUAAUACGUUACCUCGAAGAUCUAGAGGCGACAUUAAACAGAUAUCGAUGCGGAAUGUAAAUAAUGAGAACAAGAACAAUAACUAUGACUACCAGCCACGGCAACCAGUUCACAAUUAUACCGAUUCUACAUUGUCAUCUGGUCGAAGUUCUGAUGAAGGUAGAACGUAUUAUAAUAACCUACGACAAGACCCUGUUGAUGGUAAUACAAGGGGUGAAGGUCAAACUAGUUCUGGAGAAGAACAUCAUUCAAGAACGGGUUCUCAGGAUAGUUCUGAUUAUUCUUAUACUGGUGUAAAUAAUCGUCAAUGGCCUCCACGCCCUGUAUCCAAUCAAAACCAAUUACAAAAUAAUGGUCGCCGUGGUGAUUUUAGUUCAGCAGAUACUCAAAAUGCAUACCAGAGUUCUGACAACUCGUCAUCCAAUCAGUCUACCAUGCAGCGUCGAAACUUUAACCCCAGCACUGCAUUUAGUCAGUCAGAUUAUUCUUAUACUGGCGUCCCUGUUACUGGAAAUAUAGCUCUAGAACUUCUCAAACAGUCACAAAAUACCAAAUAUUUACUUAGUAAAAGUAGUGAUUUAAAACAUGGCCGCUCAGCCGGAGAUCUACCAACUAGUUCCAUGAGUUUAAGUCAGAUGAGUGAAAGUCUGUAUAAUUCUAUCGGAACUCGCAGACCUUAUAUGGAACCAAAAACAAACAAUAAAGACGAUAUUACUCAACCAAGAAGAAAAGACUCGGCUCCAGCAAUGAUUCGAUUAAAGAAUCCAAGUCACACAAGAAGUCAUUUAGAUGUUUCACCUCAUAGUAGUAAUAAUAGCAGUCCUAGAUCAUCAAAUAAAAAUUUAUCUGGUAUGUCUUCAGAAGAAUCAUUGAAUGCUCGUCAAAAACCGGGUUCAAAAUAUAAAACACCAUCAAAUAAUUUUCAAGAAGAAUUAAUGAGAUUAAUUAAUUUAGACAUUUCCGAUUCAGAUCUGAGUAAUUAUUCAAAAAUACAGAAUGGUAUAGAUCGAAGAAGAUCACGAAGAUUACAGAGAACUAUGUCAGAUGAGAGUUUACACAGUGUUAAAGGUGUUAUAAACGAUAAUAUCAUACAACCUGCCUUUAUAUCACCCAUACCACAACAAAUUAUCUCCACUCAACGAGAAGAAUUAUCAAAAGAACAAAGGUUAUCUCCUAGAGCUAUGUUAAAUACAGCAAGUGGUCGACCUAGAAGUCGAACUACAGCUGAUGGUAAUACUGUACAAGAUUCAUCUACAGCAUUAGACUGGUCAGAUUUAGUUAAUGUUGCUUCUAAAGCUAUAGGAGAUGACCAGUUUCAACAAAAACCUCCACAAAGAAAUAGAGAAGAGGAACCCCCUCCUCGACCACCUUCACCCCAAGAUAAACAACUCUCUAGUCCGGGUGCAGGCAGUGGUAUGAUGUGGAGAUCGAUGGUAUCAAGUCCACAAGAACAUAUACAAGAAUUAGAGACAAAAUAUCUUCAAAUUCAAAAACAACUUGAACAGGAACAGCGUAAAAACUCAGCUUUAGAGAGCGAAGCUCAAAAUUUACGUGAGGAAAAUAUCCGCCUUCAAGAAGAAUCGCAAACUGCUGCCGCUCAAUUACGUCGAUUUACAGAAUGGUUUUUUAGUACUAUUUAAUUGAUAAAUAUUUCUUCAUCCAUCCUUCAUCUUGUAUAUUUUCAUAUGAUAUUAUUAUUUCUUUCUAUUAUUUUAUACACAUGUAUAGAUACUAUUAGAUAAUUGACAGGAUUUAAAUAUAUUUUACUUGUAAAUUAUUAUUAUUAUUAUUAGUUAUUUUAAUAUGUAACUUAAGUAAAGUUAUUGUAUUGUUUACCUUUUAAAGUGUUAUGAGUGAAAGCAUAUUGUGUUAACUAGUCAGAGACUAAGCUAGUACAUUUGGUGCAUAUAUUUUAUGACAUUUGAUAAUAUAUCGGUCAAGAACAACUACAAUGAUCAAAAAACAAACAUUCAGGAUAUAUUUCUUUCACAGUCAAGAUUCUAAGCAUGUAAAUCAUGCAUUGGAAAAUAUGUUCAAAUUACCAGAUACAAAUGGCAGAAAAGUGAUUAAUCAUUUCAGUCAAAUUUGCCAGUCUUUUCUCACUGACUGGCUAGGGAACUUACCAGUCAGUCAAUAUACAUGCCAUAAAAUAAGAUAAAAUAUUUGGAUAAUGCUAAAAAUAGUCAUAUUCUUUGCAAAAAAAAAAACAUCUUGCUAAUCCAAAAUAAACAAAAUACAUCAAAAAUUAACCAAUAGGCAAAAAUUUUGAAGGGAAAGCCCUGAUUAAGAAUCUAUAAUUGUUUAUUUAACUUUUUAUUUUUGGCUCGUUAUGCAAAUUGGGCGGUAUAAUUUUAACAUUAAGUUUUAUGGUUCAAAUAGAUGGCAUAAUUCUUCUUAAUGGAAUAGAUCUUAAAUAAGUGACUGUUGGUAUGAAUUGACCUGGACUACAAUACUGGACUACCGAAAGAUAAAUUAACAUGAAUACAUAUAUAGGUUCAAUAAAUUGAAUACAUGUUAAUUUGCUUGUCGUCAUAGUCCCUGGUCAAGGUCACACUGAAUUAAAAACCCUGACCACUUUAAUGUAUGUAAAAGAAGUCUAUGCAUAAUAGUGGUGUGUAUUAUAACUACUUCUAAAACCAGUUUAUACCUCUUAUCAUAUGCAAAUAGAAUCUGAUAUCAAACACUGAUUAAAUUAAAGCUUCAUUUUGAUAAAAGACACAUCCGUCCUGCCAAUUUGAGAUUGAAAUAUUUUGCUUCUUACAUCUAUGAAUAUUCUGUUAAGUACGUUGAGUAAAUGAGCUUUAUGUGUUACUUUCUCAAGGACUGUUGCAAAUUUUAAGAGUUUCCUCAUUAUGAAAUAAUAAAAUAUUUUUUCUUUUAAAAAAAUCAGUUUUCUUAAUGAAGCUGAUAUUUAUUAAAAAAAAAAAAAAAAAAAGAUAAAUUUCUUAAGGAAAAAUUUUCAUAAGAAAAAACGAAGAGAUUUUCAUAGUGGAUUUCCUGAUGAAAUCCAGAAGAUUGCUAAAGAGAUUUUCUAAUUAAGUAGAAUGGUGUAACUAAUAGUUUCUUAUUGCAAGAUUAACAUAGGAAGAUUCCUUAUGAAAUGUUAAUGCCAAAAGAGAUUUUCUGAUCGAAAAUCAAAUGGUUAUGUUAUGAGAAAUCAAGGUUUAUUUUCUUACCAUAUUUUUAAGAUUUUCUUAAAAAUGCUAAAGAGAUUUUCUUAACAGAGACUUUGUAAUGAUAACUAGUUUAUCUGGAUAGGUCUUUUAUAUGACUGCAAGUCGCUUGACGGUCAGUGUGCCAUAGAACAAAUAUUUUCUACAUGUAACCAACCAUCUACUAAAUAAAGACAAAAAUAUUCAUGAAUACUUUCAAAAUAUUUUGAAUCUUCAAUGUCAUGUUGUGCAAUUUCUCAUUAUAUUUUAUUCUUGUAUGACAUAGCAUAGUCUUUAUUUUGUAGUUUAUGAAAUAAUCAACUAUAAAUGUAUCAUAUUAUAUAAUCAAUAAGUAUUAAUAUAUCACAUUUAUAUAUUAUCAUUUAUUUCAUAUUUAUAGCAGAUAGUCCAAAACCAUAAAUCUUUUGACUUAGUUUUACUCAAAUUUCUGUCGCUUGUUGCCUAAUGGUAUCACUGUUUUCAUCUUUUGGCAUCAACACUGUUCAAAAGAGGUGUUGAAUCUUCGGUCAUAUGCUGAGUUGCAAAUUUGAGUAAUUCUUCAUUUGUGUGAUAAAUAAUUUAUGGUCCUGGACUCGAUUAAUAGUAUAAAUUGUAUCAAUGGCAUUUAGUAAUUAAACUGGAAAUACACAGGUCACAAUUCUGUGAAAUACAAUUAUUGAGCGAUGUUUCAACUAGGCUUCUUUAGUCUUUAUUAUUGCUUUGGGGAUCAUGUGGGUAAGAUGCUGGCUCGCUAGCCUGGAGGUCGGGUGUUCAAUCCCUGCACUGGCCGAGAAAGUUCAUCCAGAUUUUCCGGCGUGGUUUCCCCUUGUCAGUGGUGCAGGACGGAGGACCUGACAAGGACAGCUGUCUAGUCAGUCGGAUGGGACGAAAAACCGAGGCCCCGUGUACAAAUUGGCGUGCACGUUAAAGAUCCCUUGGCAGUUGGAAUUCGAUAUAAGAGUAGGCCGUGGCGCCGCUGCCCGUGCAAAAUUUCCCUCAUAGCACACUGUAUGGCAUAUGCCCGUCUUCAUUAGCCCAGUUUAGGAGCAAAACAGUAGGACGUUAAACCCCAUUUCAUUUCAUUUAUUAUUGCUUGAUAAGAAGGAGAGAAACCUAGUCGAAAUAUCACUCCGUCAUAAACAGUUAUAGAUUGUAUUCCAUAGAAUUAUGCCUUGUGUAAUUAAUAGUAUGUUAAAUGUUAUAAACUAUUUUCUAUUGUUAUUUGAGUAGUCUAUUCUAUACUGUAAUUAUUAUGUACAGCAGAAGUAUUUAAUCAAGUGUGAGAGACGAACACUAUGUUAAACUGAAACAUACAGAAAUAGAAAACUGUUUUAUAAAACUAUAUAAA